AUGUCUGAACCAACAGGACUGAUUGACGAGCUGUACAGAUCGCUGACGCCUUUUUUGGCCGAGCUCUGGGCGCUUAGCUUGGUGCAGAAAAUCGGGAUCUUAAUUGCUCUUCCGUUUGUGUAUUCCCUCACUUGGCAAUUACUAUACUCUUUGAAAUCCGAAAGGGUUCCUCUUGUUCAUUACUGGAUUCCGUGGUUGGGUUCGGCUAUUCCGUACGGUAUGCAACCUUACGAGUUCUUUGCACAAUGCCAGAAGAAGUACGGUGACUGUUUUGCUUUCCUGUUGCUGGGAAAAGUGAUGACUGUUUAUCUUGGACCGAAGGGCCACGAGUUUAUCUUGAACGCAAAAUUGAACGAUGUUUCCGCAGAAGAGGCCUACACCCAUCUGACUACUCCUGUUUUUGGUAAAGGUGUGAUCUACGACUGUCCUAACUGGAAACUAAUGGAACAAAAGAAGUUUGCCAAAGUCGCAUUGACAAAAGACUCUUUCAUCAAGUAUGUCCCUUUAAUCAGAGAAGAGGUGUUGUCGUAUUUUAACACCGAGGCUCAUUUUGCUGGAGACAAGGGAAAGGUCAAUGUUCUGCAGUCGCAGCCAGAAAUCACCAUCUUUACUGCCUCAAGAACAUUGCUUGGUAAAGAGAUGAGAAUGAUGUUGGACAACGGAUACGCCAAGCUGUACUCCGAUCUCGACAAGGGAUUCACUCCUAUUAACUUUGUUUUCCCAAACCUGCCCCUUCCGUCGUACAAGCGCAGAGAUAACGCCCACAACGUCAUCUCCGACACGUACAUGAGACUCAUCACCAGAAGAAAAGAGGAAAACGACAUUCAAGACAGAGACUUGAUCGAUGCAUUAAUGAAAAACUCUACGUACAAGGACGGAACCUCGAUGACCGACAAGGAGAUCGCCAAUUUGUUGAUUGGUGUUUUGAUGGGUGGCCAGCAUACUUCGGCCUCCACUUCUGCUUGGUUCCUUUUGCACUUGGGAGAGAGACCAGAUUUGCAGAACGAACUGUACGAGGAGAUCAAGUCUGUGCUUGGCGACAGAAAGGAGGUCACUUACGAAGACCUGCAACAGCUUACUUUGGUGAACAACACCAUCAAGGAGACUUUGAGAAUGCACAUGCCAUUGCACUCGAUCUUCAGAAAAGUGAUGAACCCAUUGCAAGUUCCAGACUCCAAGAUGAUUGUUCCUAAGGGCCACUACGUUUUAGUUUCGCCAGGAUUUGCCAUGACCAACGACAAGUACUUCCCGAACGCAGACACGUUCGAGCCUCACAGAUGGGACGUUUCCAAGUCCGCUGUUGGAGGAGCUGACAACGACACUGUUGAUUACGGAUUUGGUAAGAUUACCAAGGGUGUGUCGUCUCCAUACCUGCCUUUUGGAGGUGGCAGACACAGAUGUAUUGGUGAACAGUUUGCAUACACACAGUUGGGAACCUUGUUGGUGACAUAUAUCCAGACUUUCAAAUGGACCAGCAAAUUGCCUAAGGUGGAUUAUUCUUCGAUGGUGACUCUUCCGGAAGAGCCUGCUGAGAUAGAAUGGGAGAGAAGACAGGAGUAA